AUGGCAUCUGAGAAGCCAAUCUCUUAUACUAAUCCUCUUCCCCAAUUGCAAUCAGAAGAAGAAUCAUCAUCGUCAUCAGAACAAGAUGAAGAAUCAGGUGAGGAAGACGGAUAUAAAGAAGAAUCGUCAUCCGAGCAAGGAGAACAAUCUGGGGAAGAAGAAGAUUAUGAAGUUGGAGAAGAUUCUGGAGAAGAAGAGGAGGACGAGGAAGGGAGAGAUGAGGACGAAUCAGAAAAUUCUUCAUAUCAUGCUUUUGCAUCUGAUUUAACAGUCGAGUUCAAUUCUCGGAUGAAACACACCUCAAACGCCCCUUACAAUUAG